GAAGUCUUACUCUGGACGGCAACCUGCCGAGAUAAUGCAUAUGGGGUACAUUUUACAAGAUAUUUACAACGAUGACUACACGCGAUAAAAGGUUGAAGCUCUUCAUAUCACCAUUUAUGCACUUCAAGGUUGUAAAUGCUUGGCCAUGUGAAGUUUCAUAGAUAAACAAGACAUCGAAAACUUAAAAAAUGUGUUAGUUGCCCAGCUGGUCAGGCAUGAGUGUACCAGCAAAUGCUCACUCUGACUGAUGUUCAAAUUACACAAAGUGAAAAAAGCCAUUAGCUCAACAAAUCACAGCAAUGGACCAGACUUGCACACAACUGAAGCAACAGUUCACAGACCUGGAAAACAAAGAGACCUGAUCCUUACAAACAUCCUGGAAGAGGGAAGUUCUGUUGAUGAACCACAGAGCUUUGAAAAAGACGAACAGUAUUUAGAUGAAUGUCUAAAAGUACUUAAUGGCAGUCCUGAAGAAUUACAGGUGGAGGAAUGUGAUUUAGAAGAAUAUGAUUUUGAUGACUACAAUUCUGUUGCCAGCACCGCAUCACUGCUUAACAUUCAUGCUGAGUUAGCUCAAGAAGAAAACAAUGCUACCACAAGGAAUCAUAACCAGCUCUCGCACACUUUUUCAGCUAAUCAGAGUUCAGCAUUCAAGGCACUCCAACCCAGGGGCAUAGUAACUAAAGAGACUAUUGUCAACGGCACUAAUGCAGUUACCAGCUCUUCCCCUUCUCAGUUGAGAGAACAGUUACUUAGAUCUGCCAGAAUUUCUAAAGUGCAAGCAUCUAUUUCAAAGGUGAAUAAUUGGGGUAAAUAUGGUGUGUUUAACAUGGAUGAAUGGAAAGAACAUUUUCUUGAAACUGCACAAGCUGGGGAUUUGAGAGGAAUGCAAGAGGCUUAUAGCAAGCUUGGAGGAACAAGUGAAAUACUGAUCAGAGUAGCAGAUUCAUGUGCAAACACUGCUGUACAUAAAGCUGCACAGGCUGGUAACCUUGGCUGCCUUCAGUGGCUUGUAGGACAGUUACCAAAUGACUGUGUGAGGAAUAUUACAAACCAAGAUUACCACACACCUCUGGCUAUUGCAGUUAAGCAUGGGAGUGUUCAAUGUGCACAGUGGUUGCUGGAAAACACUUCCUCUGCAGAUGAAAUGUCUAACAAUUCUGGCAGAUUUGCACUGAUCCAACUGACAGUUCAAAGUGGACAGGACGAGUGUCUGAAAUACCUUUUGUCUUACAUCAGUGGAAAAUACCUAGAGCUUGACAUCGCUGAUUCAUCUGGUGUAACACUCGCCCACCUUGCCGCUAGGGAGGGUCAUAUGACUUGUCUCCAGACCCUUGUGGAUCACAAUAUUGACGUCAUCACUGCCGAUAAUGAUGGGCGCUCUCCUGCCGAUUACGCUUACGCAGCCGGUCAAACCAGUUGUGCCCGUUAUUUGGUAAUGGAAGAAUCGUGUUGGUUGCUAUCCCAAAGGGUGGCGAAGUUACACAAAGAACUCAAAGAUUGCAAAGCGGAGAACAGAGACCUCAAAAAGAGGCUUGAAGUUCUUGAAAGUCACGCUAAAUCUGGAAUGCCUGACAGACCAGAGGCUGUAGGUGGAGAUCAGAGCGAUACGAGUAGCACUGGAACUAGUAAACCACAAGGUAGUCCACACAGCGACAGAAGUCGUUCUGAUAGUACACCUGAUGGAGAAAGUCCCAAGGGAUUUGGACAUGACGGAACUGCUUAUCGCUAUCACGUCAACGGAUCAGAUCACAGCCCUAAACACAGGCAUCCGCAGCGAAAACUUAACACAGAUGGUGCAACAGUUGUGAACGAAGAGGCUGAAGUGAAGAGCGCUCGUCAGUUUGAAGAGUUAAAAAAGCUUAGAAGAACGAGCGAAAGGGGGAGCGUAGACUCCAGCGGUUCGGGUGUUUCUUCACCGAUGUCAUGGUCCGAUACAACGACAGAUACCACGGUCAUGCAGUAUGUAAUGGCGAAACAAAUAGCGGCUAACACUCGUAGACUUGUUGUGUCGAAACAUGCUCAAAAGGUGGAGGAAUCGCCGCUGAUCGUGACCAAAUUGACACCUGUCAGAGUUGGUGGUCUGUCUGUGGAUCAGCCGAGAAUAAAAGGUUCUAGUCUCCAAGUCUUGUCGACCGACGCUUAUUAUUCUCCGUCGUCAUCUCGAUCCCAUUCUCCUGCUCGGACAGACUCGACAUCAGGAAGCCGACCAAACUCUGGCACAUAUACCCUGAAAGAAAAGAAUGACAUACAAAUAAAAACCGUUCGAGACGAGAGAAAAUCUACAAAUGAGACAGUUAGAGUAGGCACACCUUCAAGGUUACGAUCACUCCCAAAUAGACGUAAAUCUCCUUCGUUUAGUUCUGAGAGCACAGUCAGUAGCUCGGACAGUGAUGCUGAGCGUAAUGGAGAGCGUAACAACGGACUACGCUCUCAAAGGGGGUACCCCCUGUCGAAUCGAUGGAAAGAGCACAGUAAGAAUUCAACGAACUCAAGGCACAUUUUGUACAGAGAAUCCUCUGAAGUUGAGAGCACAGAGAAGAAAACUGUUUCGUGGAAGGAAUCGUCGAAUGAGUCAAAUGUAUCUAAUAUGAGGACAGACAUGUCUAGUGAGAAAUCGCGCGAACCGCCCAAACCGCCAGCGCGGACAGUCAGGACUCUGUUGCGUGGUACUGGUACGAGUGGGUAUGGCCGAGUGAGUCGAAGUCCUUUGUCAAGGAACGGAGUCAUGAAAAGUGUGGAGCAUGUCACUAUUCCGUCUGUUAUUAUUGAGCGCCCUGUUCAAUCCGUCCCGGAAAACCUUGGAAAUGAAAUGUUACCUUAUUCGUAUGAUGGAUUUCAACAGGACGACAGACCAUG